GCAGGAGCGCAUUUCCCCUCCAGGAUGAUCGCGACGCGCCUCCCCGGACGGUCGCCGCGGAGCAGCAGGCAGGCGCCUGGAUGGGGCCCCCCAACAAUGCCACGCCAGGGCUGCGGCUGCUUAGGCCUCCAACAGUGGUCGGUCAAUUCCACACACUCUUCUUUGGCUCAGUCCGAAUGUUUUUCCUUGGUGUUUUGGGUUUUGCUGUCUACGGCAAUGAAGCCUUACACUUCAGCUGUGAGCCAGACAAGAGGGACAUUAAUCUAUUCUGUUACAACCAAUUCAGACCUAUAACCCCACCGGAUCAUCCUUGAAGUUGUGGCUUUUUGGCUUCAGAGUCAGCUCUUUGGUUUCCAAGUGAAUCCACUCUACAGAUGUGAUGCAGGAGCC